UUCCUCUCAACACUCGAUCUCACCUAGAUUAUAGCCCAUCACACCCACGUGUAGCUUUAUUUCAGCACACGUAGAAAUCAGACCAAAGCGAAAUCUAAGCACCUAUAUCCUGAAUUUCCCUUAUCACAAUGUCGAAAUUUGCGCCUCACCGUCGGUCAAACAACAACCCAAGAGCGAACUCCGCAACCGUUUGUCAGAAGUGCCUCGGUACAGGACAUUUCAUAUUUGAAUGCAAGUCCACGCGUCCAUACGUAUCCCGUCCCUCGCGGACAGAAUUACUUGAAAAUCCAAAGUUACUUGCGAAGCUGAAGGCAGAGGGAAAACCUUCAGUUGAAGUGCCGGAGGAAUUUAAAACAAAGAGUGGAACGGCAAACCGAAUUCUAGAGUCAAAGGAGCAGGAACGACUGGCACUGGAGGAAUCCAAAGGAAAAUCCAAGGAGGAAGACGGCAGAGCUCGCAAGAAAGCCAGAAGGUCUUCGAGAUCCUCCUCAGACAAUUCGGACUCGGACUCGGAAUCAGAUUCAGAUUCAGGGUCUAGCUCUGAAUCAUCUGCCAGCUCUACGUCAAGUUCAGAUGCCUCACGUUUGAUUUCCAGAGAUCGCGGCAGGAAACGACCAAAGCGGCAAGAUUCAUCUUCAAUUCGUUCAGCAUCUUCAUCUCGUAGUAGAUCUAGAGACUGAAAAAUGAUCAUCCACCGAC